GCGGGGACUCCGCCCCCUGGCUCCCGGAAGUAGAAGGGUCUGGCGUUGCCAUGGCGGCGUCUCUGGGGCAGGUGCUAGCUCUGGUGCUGGUGGCCGCCUUGUGGGGUGGCACGCAGCCGCUGCUGAAGCGGGCCUCCGCCGGCCUGCAGCAGGUGCAUGAGAAGACGUGGGCCCGGCAGCUCUUGCAGGAGAUGAAGACUCUCUUCUUGAAUACUGAGUACCUGAUGCCCUUUCUCCUCAACCAGAGUGGCUCCCUUCUCUACUACUUGACCUUGGCAUCAACAGAUCUGACUUUAGCUGUGCCCAUCUGUAACUCUCUGGCCAUUGUCUUCACACUGAUUGUUGGGAAGGUCCUUGGAGAAGAUAUUGGUGGAAAACCAGUGGCUGGCAUGGUGCUCACCGUCACGGGGAUCACACUGUGCAUCACGAGCUCGGUGACCAAGACCCAGGACCAACCGUCCUCCUCUUGAGCAGGCCAAGCCCGGCCUGCACUUCUGCUGUGCUCAGCAGGUGCUGCAGGGGUACACCAGCCGGCCUCUCUGAGCUUAGCUUCCUCAUCUCUGGGAUCACAUCUACCUCAGAGUCACAAUAAGAAUCGCAUGGUCCAGAGUUCCAGGACAGCCAAGGCUACACAGAGAAACCCUGUUUCAAAAAACCAAAAAAAAAAAAAAAAAAAAAAAAAAGAAGAAGAAAGCAAAGCAAAGAACAAAGAAGAAGGACAGCCCUGGGAAGGUUUUGUAACCUUUGGUGGGUUCGGCUGUUGUGGAGAUUUAGCACUGGACCCAGGAGUGGAGCGGUGGCGCUCGCCUGUAAUCCCAGCACUCGGAAGGCAGAGGCAGGCGGAUCACUGGGUUCCAGGCCAGCCUGGUCUACAGAGCG